AUGAAGAGGCACAAUCAUCACAAGGCGUUUGCCGCGUCGACGGGAAAAGAGCCGCUCAUCGAUUUGCAAAUCAUCCGGGAAUGGAUCUACUCAUUCGGAAAAGAGGGUCACAGUUCGGAAGCCGUGCUCAAUGUGCUCUUCACAUUAGGUGUGAUUGUAUUUGUUCUAUACCAAUGCGGCUCUCUACUUCUUCGAAUCAACAAGCGCACCGAGAAGCAGCUAGAAAGUCGCAACAGGACGCAAAAAGUCGACACCAGCGAGCGAAUGUGCGGCGACGAGAUCGUGUUCACCGAUUUGCAUGAGUCGGUAAUUCAGGAAAAACCGAUACCGUAUCGAGUACCGUACCUCGACGCCGAGGCGACACUGCGCAAUUCUCAGAUAUUCUACGAGGAAAUGAAAAUGAGGCGAAGUUGUCGACAAUUCAGCGCUCGAGCCGUUCCGCUCAAAGUCAUACAAAAUUUGAUUAAAACUGCAGGCACUUCGCCAAGUGUCGGUAAUCUGCAACCAUGGACAUUUUGCGUAGUAUCGAAUGAUAGUAUAAAAUUGCUAAUUCGAAAAAUGCUUGAAGCCGAUGAACGGGGUAAUUUAGUAUCCAGGAAAAAAGGCGCCGCGUGGGUCGUCGACGUUUCUCAACUUCAAGACACAUGGCGUCGACCCUAUAUUACCGAUGCUCCAUUUUUAUUAGUAGUAUGCCAUGAGAUAUUCAAAGAAGUCAACGGCAAACCGGAACGAGUGUUCCAUUAUAACCAAAUUAGUACCUCGAUAGCUGUCGGAAUUCUACUAGCAGCAAUUCACAACGCCGGUCUCAGCACGGUAGUGACGUCGCCGCUCAACGCCGGACCCGACAUUUCGAGAAUUCUGCGAAGGCCCGAAAAUGAGAGCGUGUUAUUAUUGCUGCCAUUGGGCUACGCAGCCGAAGACGUCAUGGUGCCAGAUCUCAAACGCAAACCGGUUGAACAUAUCACAAAAUUAUAUUGA